ACUUCAGUCGCUAGCUGCCAGCCGCUCACGAUCGAACUGUAUAUUGCCCGCUCUUUGGUGAAGUAUAUAUAACCAAUUCUUCAAAUCCCUCAGCACAUCAGCCAUAUACACUGACUCAACCAUGUCCAUCCGAGCCACUAAAUCCGGUUUCGCCGCAGAAGCUCAAGCCAAGAUCAACAGCAAGUACAGUGAAGAGCACGCACAAGAGGUUCUGGAAUGGAUUCGUGAACUGACCGGAGAGCCUGAUAACACCUCCGGCGAUCCCGAUAACAUUUACCAACACUUGCGUGACGGAACGCUCCUUUGCAAAUUGGCCAACGUGAUGCAACCGGGGAUUAUCAAGCGCGUCCAGGAGAGCAAAAUGGCCUUCAAGUGCAUGGAGAACAUUAAUUCAUUCUUGGAAGCCGCCAAAACUUUCGGCGUCCCAUCGCAGGAGCUCUUCCAGACCGUCGAUCUGUGGGAGAGGCAGAACCUGAACUCUGUCGUCAUCUGCCUCCAGGCUCUCGGUCGCAAGGCUUCCAAAUAUGGUCAACCCUCAAUCGGCCCCAAGGAAGCCGAGAAGAAUGAACGCCAAUUCUCAGAGGAGCAGCUGAGGGCCGGCGACACUGUCAUCUCCCUCCAGUACGGAUCCAACAAGGGAGCCAAUCAAAGUGGCCUCAACUUCGGCAACACUCGGCACAUGUAAAGCACAUAACCCCAGUGUCAACUUAUUAUUUUCCCGAAGAAGAAGAUGAAGAAGAAAACGCCAUGGGGGGGAAUAAAGAAAGCAUUGCAAAGCAAAACAAAAAUUCCAGCAUCACUGUCAAAAAAACGGAAAACAAUAAAAUGGACGGAACAAAAAACUGAAAAUCGAAUUGAAAUUCCAAAAUUGCAAAAUUGCAAAAAAAAAAACGCCUAUUCGCUAUUAUAUGAAGCCUUUUUUUUAUUUUGACGCAAAAUUUCUAUUUUGAAGAUAAAAAUUAACGAGAAGCGCACACAAAUUGUUGUUGUCUUGAUGAUGUUGUCGCGGGGGCAUUCCAAACAGCAUUCCAAGGAAAUUGUCCUAACCAAUCUCUUCUUUUUCCCAAUAAUAUAUUAUAUGGCAAUGAUUGACAUGUAACCGAAAUUAUACAGAGCUUCCCUGUA